AAACGCUCUGAAGUUGAGCGUUUGUCUGACUGAGAAGAUAUGAGACAAAACGUUGUGAUUUUUAUGCUUUUUCAGUAACUGUAAACUUUACAAACACUUUCAUCAUGGCUCGAAACAGUGAAAAGGCAAUGACUGCCUUAGCAAGAUGGAGAGCUGCCCACUUAGAUGACAAGAAAGAAGUGGAACGACGACCGUAUUUGGCCACAGAGUGUGAUGACGUGAGGAAGGCUGAGAAAUUUCGCCGUCAGAUCAUAGGAGAGAUAUCAAAGAAGGUGGCUCAGAUACAGAAUGCUGGUCUUGGAGAGUUUAAACUGCGAGACAUUAAUGAUGAAAUCAAUAAAUUAUUACGUGAAAAAGGGCAUUGGGAAGACAGAAUCAAAGAACUAGAUGGACCAGAUUAUCGAAAAAUUGGACCAAAAAUGUUGGACCAUGAAGGCAAAGAGGUCCCAGGGAACAGAGGCUAUAAAUAUUUUGGUGCAGCAAAAGAUUUACCUGGUGUCAGAGAAUUGUUUGAACAGGAACCGCCACCACCACCCAGAAAGACACGUGGAGAAUUAAUGAAGGAUAUAGAUGCUGAUUACUAUGGUUACAGAGAUGAAGAUGAUGGUGUGAUUGUGCCCCUAGAACAAGAUGCAGAAAAGAAAGCAAUAGCAGAAAAAGUUAGAGAGUGGAAGGAACAACAAGAAAAGAUGGCCCGUGGAGAAAUACCUAAAUCAGUAGAACAGACAGAAGUACCUUCGUUGUUUGAGAGAGAGGAAGAAGACAUGGAGGAGGAGCCCAGCAUAUCUGAAGAGUCUAUGACACAUUUUAUUGCACAUGUUGAUGUUCCUUCACAAAAACAGAUAGAAGAGGCUUUACUAGAAAGAAAGAAAAUGGAGUUAUUACAAAAAUAUGCUAGUGACAAUUUACAAGCAGAAGAAGGUGAAGUGAAAGAAAUGUUGGGGUUGUGAUAUAUAUCGGUAUUGCAAAAUUAAAAUUUGAAGAGAAAAGGUUCAACACCAACAGCUCAGUGACUUUAAUGGAAUAGAAGUUGAAAGCAGAAUGUGUCAUGAAGUAUUGUUUGUUUCUUGUAUGAUACAUUGCUAAGCGGAAAUUCUGAGACAGUCGCGGUAUAUUGUGACAUGCCGAAUUCAGGUUGUUCUUACACAGGAAUAAAGUUAUGGUAAUGGAGUAAAGUUAGCAGAAUGAAUUUUAAAGAGAAUAUACUCAAUCCAAUGUAUGUUUGAAUGUGUAGAAUGAGAAUCAGAUACUGGUUUAUAUAGGAAUAUUUUAAGGAAAUGACACAGAAAUUAGAAAUUGUUGAUCAACAGGUGAGCAUGUUCUGUUGUGUAUAAUACGAAGGAUAAAUGACAAUACUGGUACAAUGUUGGCAGCUAGCUUACUGUGUGUGUGUGAUUGAGUAAGCUGCAUAUGACAUUCCUUGAAUGGCAGAAAACAAUAUAACUUUCAUGCAUAUUUUCAGAUUCAGUGUUGAGCAGAAAUUUGACAUUCCUGGUAAAAAACAUUUCUUUGUUAAGUUUAUAUCAUUACAUGAUAGAAGUACCAUUUGAGCUGCGCCAUGAGAAAACCAACAUAAUGGCUUUGCGACCAGCAUGGAUCCAGACCAGCCUGCACAUCCCCGCAGUCUGGUCAGGAUCCAUGCUGUUCGCUAAUAGUUUCUCUAAUUGCAAUAGACUUUGAAAGCGAACAGCAUCGAUCCUGACCAGACUGCGCGGAUGCGCAGGCUGGUCUGGAUCCAUGCUGGUCGCAAAGCCAUUAUGUUGGUUUUCUUGUGACGCGGCUCAUAUAAUUGUUAGUGUAUAAUAGAAAUACUAAUACCAGUGUUACUAUAAUUGUUAAAUUUUCUUCCAGAAUUAUAGUUUUUGAUGGGUCAUACAUGUGAAUCUUCAUGUAUAAAUGAAUAUGUCAUUUAUUUCAUUGUAUAUGUCUCAUCCAGCUAGUGGUUGUACUCGGGUUUCCCUACCAUGCCUGAAAUAAUGCAUGAAGGAUCACAGGAGUUUUCUCUGUCUGUAAAACCUGCAAAGUCUCCAUGUGAUUUAGGUGUUGUUAAACUUGACCAAAAGAAAAAAAAGGCCAUUGUACAUUGUAUAAAUCAUUGUAUUUGAUGCAUCAAAAGAUGAAAAAUAAAUAUCUUUUUAAAUUAA